AUGGCUGAUAAGACAGUUGAUAUCACAGCUCUUUCAUCUUUCAAGUCCGAAGAGGAACCGAUGUUGACCACGGGAAUAUCUACCCCUGGCUGCACCUGGAUCUUCACAUACGAAGUGGAGAAGGAGCAACUUUCAGUCCAAUGGGAGAGGAAAUCCGCUCAGCAAAGGAACGUAACCCAGUCUUCUAAGGCUACCGUCCAAGUCUUUCUAAGCAGCGGCCAAACUCACUUUGCCUCAUCGUCUCCAUACAUCGAAUAUACGGCCUACUUUUUAAAUCGAACCGGAGCAGACGUUUUCAAAUUCCCUAAACCAAGGCGGCUUCGGGGCCGCUGGAUUUUCUUCAAGGUUUCUGGGCCUCCUUCGAUACUCGGUAUCGAACCAUCAGAGCAUCUCAAUGAGAUCGAUGAAGCUAUCAAAGAGAUGGAUGCCUUGCGCAUUCUCAUAAAGAAAGCAACCGACGACCAUGUUGCAGAAGUCGCUCGUCUCAACAGUUCUUUGUCUCAGGCCCACGAUUCGGUCAAAGGCCAGGAGAAAGUAAACGCACGACUUCUCAAAGAGAUAGAGCAGCUGCAGAAGGACCUCGACACUGUAGAUGAAGAGUAUGAUACUCUGCAAGACAAGUUCCGGACUGUCGAGGCGUCUAACAAGAAUCUGGAGACGGAGAAGACCGGUUUGGAGCAACAGGUCGACAACAUCACUGCGAUCAAGCAGCAGCUUGACUUGGACAACACCACAUUGCAGGACAGGGUCAAACUUCUCGAAGGCACUGUUGCCGAUUUACAGAAACGCGACGAGAACGAUAAACGCGAAAUUGCCACUCUGAAAGGAUCUAUCACCAGUCUCGAGACCAAUGUACAGAAUCUCGAAACUACCAAGAAGACUCUCGACAAAAAGCUCGCUGCUGCACAAAGACGCAGCGACAGUCUCCAGGCAGAUGUCAGCAGCCUUACAGAGCUCAAAGAGUCCUUCGAAAAUAAAAUUUCCGCUCUUACACAAACCAACAUCGAGCUCUCAGCUUCCAACAUGCUUCUGACUCAGAAGAACGCCGAACUCAUAGAACAGGUCGAUAAACUCGAAGCUGAUCGAUCUUCUCUCGUCAAAGAAGCCAGAGACGCCAAGGUCAACGCAGAGAACGCGCAGAGACAACUUCAGAAGGCCAACAUGGAUGUUGAAACCACUAAAUCCAAGUUGGAAGCGGAGAUACAACAGGCGUCUGACCUCCAAUCGAAGUAUACGACGACGACCCUUAAAAUCGAACAUCUGGAGAAUGAUCUUGCAAUCAUGACCGAGAAACAACGAGACAGCGACGAUUGGCGUUCUUCUGCUUGUCAGACCAUUGAACAGUUACAGAAGGAGCUACAAGAGGCAGGCGAGAGGGAACUUAACUACGAUCCAAACCGCUUGUACAAGCAACUUGACGAAGAGAAGAAGGGUCGUGCUGCCGAUAUUGAAAGCCUUAGUGCCGCCCUCGAGGAGCAAAAGGAACUCAGCGAACAGAAGACAUUGCGAAUCAGCGAUCUUGAAUCCGAAGCUGCCGCUCGACUCGCGGACAUACGGGGCCUGGAAAAGCAAAUCGGUGAACAUCUUGCCAAAAUAGCCACUAUGGAAGCCAAAAUUUGUCAACAGGCGAACGACCUCGAUGAAUUCCGAAGGCAAUUAGCUGAAGACCGAGCUGCCAAUAACAAGCUUCAAGCGGAAUUGAACGACAAGAUAUCCCAGAUUACGGUCCUAGAAAACCAGCAACAGCAUGAUGCCUGGGUGCUUCAGGGCGUCAGAAACGAUUUGGCCACCGCCCAAGGCAACUUACAAUCCCAACAGAGGAUCUCUCAGAACCUUCAGUGUAGCCUUUACUCCGAGCAAAAUACGAGUUCAUCACUCCGCGGCGAAGCUGCGCGUUUGCAAACGGACUACAACUCCCUGUAUGCCAACUACACCUCCAUGCAGAAAAACUUCAAACGGCUCUCCAAAGAAUACGAUGGACUUAGCGAACGCGCAUCACACGAGGAUUGCGUGCAGGGAGAUGAUGUCUUGAGUCUUGUCAGGCAUAACAAUCACAAGCUGGAAGUACUUCGUUGGCAAUAUAAAAAGGUAUUUUCAGAGGGGAGACACAUGUACGCUCGGAUGCGCGACGGAUCGCGUAGUCGUCCAGGAUCGGUCACAUCGACCAAGACUUAUUAA